AGUGAGUGGGGAAGAAGUAGAGGCGCUUAUCCAAAGCGCGCUCACAGCUGAAAUAUUGGGGCGCCUUUUGCAUCGGCAAAAGGCGAGAACGCGCGCCCUGUGUCUUCUCAGCUUCCUUCUCCGAUACUGUCGUUUCCUGCAUUCCAGUUGAUUGGGAAGGGGGGCCGGGACGACCACUGAGUAGCGAAAUUCUGGGAUAAGAUGGAGGUUUGCGAGAGACUUUUGUGCCUGGCCGUGGUGUCCAGCGUUCUCUGCGUUGGCUCGGUUCUGGGGAAAUACGUGAGAGGUAUCGUCAACACCAAGGAGGACUGGUUGUUCCUCACUCGCUUCUGUUUUCUCACUGAUUUUGGACGUCUGGACUUCCGGUUCCGCUACCAAAAGUCGCGGUGCUGUCAGAAUAUAUUGCUCUACUUUGAUGACAGCUCUCAGUGGCCAGCUGUGUACAAGAAGCCGGACAAGGACUGCUACCAGAAGGAGGCAGUGUUGAGGCCAGAGAAUAACCAGGUUAUCAACCUGACCACACGCUACACCUGGUCUGGCUGUGUGGUGGAAGGAGAGGGGGAUGAGGAGGUGCUGAGUUGUGUGGGAGGUCGUAGUUUCCGCUCGGUGAGGGAGAGAUGGUGGUACAUCGCUCUCAGCAAGUGUGGGGGAGAAGGUUUGCAGCUGGAGUACGAGAUGAAGCUGACCAAUGGCCAGUCUUUCUGGACACAGCAUUUCUCUGCAGACGAGUUUGGGAUCCUGGAAAGUGACAUCACGUUCCUGGUUAUCUUCUCCCUGGUCUUCAUACUCUCGUGUUAUUUUGCCUAUAAUCUGAAAGGAAGGCAGCUUCUCCAUACGACAUAUAAGAUGUUUAUGACUGCGGCUGGUGUAGAGGUUGUCAGCCUUCUGUUCCACUGUAUCUACUGGGGCCUGUAUGCCAGAGAUGGAGUGGGCAACGGCAGUCUCAAGAUAAUGGGGAAAUUACUGUUUUCUGUCAGUUUCCUGGUGUUCCUGCUGAUGCUGAUCCUGCUGGGGAAAGGCUUCACUGUCACCAGGGCGAGGAUCAGCCACAGUGGAUCUGUCAAGCUGUCCAUCUACAUGACAGUCUACACCGUCACCUAUAUCAUCCUCUUCAUAUACGAAGCAGAGUUCUUUGACCCAGGUGAGGUGCUGUAUGCAUAUGACAGCCCGGCGGGCUACGGUCUGAUGGGUCUCCAGCUGCUGGCCUACGUGUGGUUCUGCUACGCCGUCCUGAUCUCCCUCAAACACUACCCUGAGAAACAACCCUUCUACAUCCCCUUCUUCACGGCAUACACACUCUGGUUUUUCGCGGUUCCCGUCAUGGCUCUGAUAGCUAACUUUGGCAUCCCUCGCUGGGCACGGGAGAAGAUUGUCAACGGCAUCCAACUGGGAAUCCACCUCUAUGCUCACAUCGUAUUCCUCGCUAUCACACGGCCCUCUGCGGCCAAUAAGAACUUCCCGUACCACGUGCGGACCUCUCAGAUCGGGAUCCUGCUGUCUAGUCCGAAGGCGGGUGUGGCGAGUGAGAGUUUCCCCCACCACGCCUAUGGGAACAGCUCCUUCCUGGGCGACUCCCAGCCCAACUUCACAGAACUGUUCUCCAUCCAGUCGGGCCCAGUGAAGACGGUGGAGGAGACGGUGGCCCAGAAGGGACAGGAAGUGCAGAGGAACAGUGAGCAUAAGAUCAUCACCACCACGGCCGACCUGUCGUCACCCACCUUCCCCCACUCCCUCCCCCCAUGCCCCCCCACCUCUCUGCCCGCCCACCCCCUCCCCCUCCACGACUCCCCUCCCACUUUACCGAGUACUUCAGCAUGCAGGGGGGAGGGGGCGUGGGCACCAAGGCAUGAGACAGACAGAGAGAAAGAGGGACACAGAGAGAAAGAUCGAGAGGGAGGUGGAGGAAGAUCAGGUAGCACAGAAAACAGGUCAAGCUGUGUAUAGGCACGAGGGAAGGAGGGAUGGAUAUGAGGAGGAAGAGAAGGGGAAGUCAUCAUAAGCAGACAUGUGGAAUAGAAGUUCGAAACGUCCCAUUUUCACCUCUAAAUAGAGAGAAUGGGAAAAGAGCAGAAUAAAGAAGAGGAAAUGACUUUGAGUUAAAAAGUGCUGCGCUUGUAAAAGAAAAAAGAAGCAAUAAAUAUUUGAACAUGAGCAGGGAGAGAGGCACCGGGAGGGAGAGAUGACAGAGUGGUAGCCUGACCAAUAGAAUGAUAGGAGCGCACAGUGGAGACUGAACAAAACUCUUAUGAACACUUUUAUUCAAGAAUUUAUAAGGCACCAAUGGAGAGGCUGAGGGAAACAUGUAAAUAGCUGAAGAGAAUGAGUUACCAUUACUCUAAAAUAGCUGCAGAGUUUAUAUUACAAAAGGGAUGUUUUUUUCCCACAUUGUCGAAUUCCAAGUGGUGCUGUGACCAUUGCAGUUCUCAUGCCAUUACAUUGUACAAGAGUAAAAUGUUCACUCACAUCCUGAAACAAUACAUUCAUGUUUUUUUCUUCAUGUUUGACAGAUAUAUUGACACACAAAAUAUUGAAUUUCUCCAUAUAGAAUAUGUUGGGAUGAUUUAUAUUCGUAUAUAUGUUGAUUGCUCCAGGCUAUAGGAUUGAUAUACUGAUGUUUGUGUACAAGUGUACAAUGUUCAGUUUACUGUGGACCCCUGAGGUACUGCUAAAACAAGCAUGUACUCCCUGUCUCUAAACUGAUUAUACUCCAUGUGCUCAUAUAGUGUGUGCCUGUUGUACUACUAUACAAUAAUUGUGUAUAUUUCAUACCAUAUAGGCUACUGAGGAGGUGUUAAUGUCAGUUCUUCUGGAUUUCUAUUGGAACCUUAUGUCAUACUGUCCACAGACAACUGUUUUAACUCCGAAUACUACUGUUCAGUUUUCACUGGAGUGCAAGAUACUAGCUUGCUCAGAAUGUAAUUCCUUGAUGUAUGUAGAUCUUGGUGAAUGUAUUAAUGCAAUAGAGCACAAGGAAAGGGCUGGUUUUAAAGUAACAUUUUAUUUAUUUUUUUACAUAGAAAUCAUACUUAUAGCUUGUUUUACUUUCAAUUUCAGCCUCCAUCCUUGACACAUGAUUUAAGGAGGGAAGGUUGUCCAGCGAGGAUAUGAACUAACUUCACCCCCCCGACUAGUAUGUUAUGAUGUCAUGUCAACUGUGUGAGGGGCUUGCUCAUUGUUGUUUAUCCAUAAGUAGGAACAGUAGUUCUUCCUGAACAUGAAAAGUCCUGGGCCCAUAAACAGCUAAAGCAAACCUUUUAGAGUAACUGUGAAAGUAGUAGCACCAACGUCCUGUUUGUCCUGCAUGGAGCUCUUUAAUGUUCCCCUUCUCUUCGUUUUUCUGUUCCGCCAUUUAUUUCAAAGAGACUUUGAAUAGGGCUUUUAUCUGAAUUAUACGUCUCCACACACUACAUCCAAUGAUAUUCCGGUAUCAAAUAUACAAAUGUUACCUGUAGAUAUGUUCAUAUUUAUCAAUGUCAUCAAGUGUCAUUAUCAGACAUUUAAAAAUGUACAUAUAUCUGAAUAAUAUUAAGUUGAUUAAAUAGCCUAAUGAUAUCAAUGUGUGUGUGGGGGGGGGGGGGGUGUAAUUCAUAAGACAGUGUCAAGGCCAAUUUACCACCUCUUUCUUCUAAGAAAUGGAAAUCAUGGAAGUAAGAACUACAUUUUUUUUUUUUUGUAUAACUUAUCCAAGUAUGAAACAUGCAACUCUCUUUAAUCAUUUUUUUUAUCCAAUCUGUAAAAACAAAGGUGUGGGGGAAAUAAUGGUGGUAUAUUUACUGUUUCUAAUGGUUUAAUUAAUAGCCCUUUAUUGUCUUUCUGUAGUAAUGUCUGGAGUAGGCUUGUGUUGGUCAGCACAUGGUACAGCACAUGUUAUGUACAUGAGAACAUACAGUCAAAGGUAUAAUGUAGUCUGUAAAAAAGAAUGAUACUUGAAUUAGAUUGUUCUGGUGUUCCAAAGGUUUUGUCUCUGUAGGCGUAUACAGUUGAAGUCAGAAGUUUACAUACACACAGUAAAACUCAUUUUUCAACCACACCACAAAUUUCUUGUUAACAAACUAUAGUUUUGGCAAGUCGGUUAGGACAUCUACUUCGUAUAUGACACAAGUAAUUUUUCCAACAAUUGUUUACAGAUUAUUUCACUUACAAUUCACAGUAUCACAAUUCCAGUGGGUCAGAAGUUUGCAUACACUAAGCUAAC